UCCUGAAUGCAUCGCAAGGGACGGUGCGCGCUGCCGUAAAAAGCCGAGUAGAUGUGCGCCGCGUUUUCUAUCUACAAGAAAGACAGCAGCGUUGGCUUAGGUGUAGCUGGAAAACAUCGCCAAACCGAACCAGUACCAUCCUCAUCGGCUCUCAUGGUUUCUGUGUGCGGAUUUUAGGGUGAAAUGGAUGUUCUGACCGCGAGACUGCUGCUGCUCGUUAGCAUCAUCAGCACCUGCAGAGCCGCAGCAUCAGCGAUCCGCAGGUGCGAGGACACCUUGGUAACUCCUCUCCCCUACAGCGCCUUCACCAGCUCAUCAGUAUAUGGCUCAAAGUAUGGGGCUGGAUAUGCUAAACUCAACAGGAAUCAAGGUGCCGGAGGCUGGUCCCCUCUGCAGUCAGACCAGUACCAGUGGUUGCAGAUCGACAUGGGAUCUAAGAAACAGGUAGUUGCCAUAGAAACACAGGGACGUUACAGCAGCCCCGACUUCAGCACUCGGUUCCGGCUGCUCUACAGUGAUACAAAGAACAACUGGAGACCUUAUUUGCAGGAUGGGAACAUCUGGAGCUUUAAAGGAAACACUAACAGUGAGGAUGUCACUCGCCAUCAACUGGAGCACGCCAUCCUGGCUCGUUACAUCCGCUUCGUACCGCUGGACUGGAACAGGGAAGGACGCAUCGGCGUUCGUCUGGAGCUCUAUGGCUGCUCACACUGGGCUGAUGUGAUCAGUUUCGAUGGCAUUGGCAUCGUCUCCUACCGCUUUAAGAGUAAGAAGAUUAAGGUUGCGAGGGAUGUCAUCUCUCUGAAGUUUAAAACCCAAGCUAGAGAUGGUGUGCUGCUCCACGGGGAAGGACAGCAGGGAGACUACAUCACCUUGGAGCUCCGAAGGGCAAAGUUGCAGCUUAGCAUCAACUUGGGCAGCAGUCACUAUGGCUCCAUUCAGGGCCACACAACUGUGAGCAGUGGGAGCUUACUGGACGAUGGCUACUGGCACUCGGUUCUCAUUGAGCGUUACCGGAGGAAUGUCAACUUCACACUGGACCACCACACUCAGCGGUUCAGGACCAAUGGGGAGUUCGACCACCUGGACCUUGAUUUAGAGAUCAGCUUCGGAGGACUUCCCGAAUCUACAAAGCUUAGUUCAGGUGGCAGAGAGAAUUUUGUUGGCUGCAUGGAAGGAAUCACCUACAAUGGGGAGAACAUCACCAGCUUGGUGCGCAGGAAGAGGGUUGACACCUCCAGCUUUCGGAACCUCACCUUCUCCUGUUCUGAGUCCAACUCCUUCCCUGUCUUCUUUAACUCCACAUCCUUCCUGCAGCUGCCAGGUCAGAGUGAUAGCGACACACUGUCAGUGAGUCUGUCUUUCAGGACAUGGAACCCCAGUGGGUUGCUGAUGUUCACACAGCUGGCUGAUGGAUGGGUGGAGUUGGGGCUGACUGAGGGCAAGGUCACCAUCUUCAUGAACAUGACACUGAAGAACACACGAAUUGGCAUUUCAUCAGGCUCUGGUUUAAAUGAUGGCCAGUGGCACAGCGUCCAUCUAAAUGCAUUGGAGAAUCACGCUAUGCUGACAAUAGAUGGAGAUGAAGCAUCAACAGUGAGAACUGCGAUCCCUAACCAGAUCCAGACUGGAGGAACUUACUACUUUGGAGGUAACUUCUUACACUCAAACAGCCGGUCGCUGCAGCGCUCCUUUCAAGGCUGCAUGCAGAUGAUCCACAUCGACAACCAUCUGGUGGACCUCAGGGAUGUGGAGCAGGGUCUCAUUGGAACAUAUGAAAACGUCAGCCUGGAUAUGUGUGCCAUCGUAGACAGAUGUGUUCCUAACCACUGUGAACAUGGUGGGCGUUGCUCACAGACCUGGGACGCUUUCAGCUGCAACUGCAGUGGGACUGGCUACACUGGAGCUACAUGUCAUAGCUCCCUGUAUCCACAGUCAUGUGAGGAGUACAAGCAUCAGGGCAAGAGUUCAGGUAACUACCUAAUUGACCCAGACGGCAGUGGCUCCAUCGCCCCAUUCAGAGUCACCUGUGACAUAAUAGAGGACAUUGUUUGGACGACGCUGAGGAACAACUUGUCUUCACAGACAUCCGUCUCCAAUCCAGACAAGGAAGGGAAGGCAGUGCUGCAGAUCUCCUACAAUCUUACUAAUGAACAGGUGUUGACAGUCACCCACAGAGCAGACAAAUGUGAACAGUUUGUAGCUUACACCUGCCGAAUGUCUCGGCUUUUCAACAGUCCAGAUGGGAAUCCAUUCACCUGGUGGGUGGGAAGAGCCAACAAGAAACAUUCCUACUGGGGAGGUUCUGGACCUGGGAUCCAAAAGUGCACCUGUGGGAUUGAAAACAACUGUACUGACCCAAGACGCUACUGUAACUGUGAUGCUGACCUGCGGUCCUGGAAGGAGGAUGCAGGCCUGCUCAUUUAUAAAGACCACUUGCCAGUAAGUGAGGUUGUGGUUGGUGAUACUAGCAGAAGUGGAUCUGAGGCCAAAUUGACUGUUGGGCCUCUUAAAUGCCAGGGAGACCGGGACUACUGGAACAUGGCCUCCUUUGGCAGCCCUGCUUCCUCUCUGCACUUCCAGUCUGUCUCUCAGCAAACCAGCACCGACAUCUCCUUCUACUUUAAGACCUCCUCCACUUAUGGAGUCUUUGUGGAGAACCUGGGCACCAACAGCUUUUUUCACAUCGAACUCAGAGGAGGGUCUGUGAUCCUGUUCUCCCUUGAUGUGGGUGGAGAGAGGGUGGAGCUUAGCGUCCGCUCACCAAACCUGCUGAAUGAUGACCAGUGGCACCACGUGGAAGCUGAGAAGAACAUCAAAGAGGCAGUGCUGAAACUAGACAGCCUGUACCAAGACGUAAAAGCCCUUCCACCAGAAGGGCACGGGAAACCACAGGCCAAUGGGGAUCUGUUCAUUGGAGCUUCAAGUGGUCAGAGGGGUUUCCUGGGCUGUAUUCGUGCUCUGAGGAUAAACGGUGUGACCUUUGACCUGGAAGAAAGGGCAAAGGUGACUUCAGGGGUAACUCCAGGCUGUCAGGGCCACUGUAAGAACUUUGGGAUGCACUGCAAAAAUGGAGGGAGGUGUGUGGAGCUGUAUAAUGCCUAUUCCUGUGACUGCAGCCUCACUGCCUAUGACGGACCUUUCUGCACUAAUGAUGUAGGAGGCUACUUUGAGACAGGGACUGUGGUGCGUUAUGACUUCCUGUCUCAGGCAGGACCGUCUUUGCUCGGGGAGGUCAAACCCACACCUGGUGCUUCUGUCCCAGUUGAAUCCAACCUGACCAAGGAGGAACUGGUGUUCAGCUUCAGCACUUACAGUGCUCCCAGCAUCCUGGUCUACAUCAGUUCACGGACCCAGGACUACAUGGCUGUGGUGCUCAGACACAAUGGGACUCUCCAGAUCCGUUACAGUCUUGGAGGAUUGUCAGAACCUUACACCAUAGAUGUUGACCAUCGUAACAUGGCUAAUGGACAACCACACUCUGUCAACAUUACAAGGAGUUUGAGAGAGAUCAAACUGCAGCUGGACCACUACCCUCUGGCUACAUACAAUCUGCCUGAGUCGUCUGACACUCACUUCAACUUAGUCAAAAGUAUCUUUCUUGGAAAGGUUUUUGAAACAGGACAGAUCGACCCAAUCCUGAUUGAGCGCUACAACACUCCAGGUUUUGUGGGAUGCUUGUCCAGAGUUCAGCUGAACAGUGUGGCGCCUCUGAAAGCUGCACUUCGCUCGAGUAUGACGGUACCUGUUAGCACCCAUGGGAUACUGGUCCCAUCCAACUGUGGAGCCUCCCCGCUCACCAUCUCUCCCAUGAUCUCUGCCAAUGACCCCUGGCACAUAGAAGCUGCUGGAGCCGUUUUCCCCUUCAAAGAGGAAAACAGGAGUAGUGAUGAUGCGGACCGCAAUUUUGCCAUAAUUGGAGGCAUAAUCUCUGUGGUGAUCUUCUCUGUCCUGUGCAUCCUGGUGUUUGCGAUCCGGCAUCUGUUUCGUCAUAAAGGAUCGUACCACACUAACGAGGCCAAGGGAGCAGAGUCGGCUGAUUGUGCGGAUGCAGCAAUCAUUGUCAAUGACCCAGCCUUCACCGAAACAAUUGAUGAGAGCAAGAAGGAGUGGUUCAUCUGAAUCCUCGGAGAAUGUCACAGACUGAAACCAGGACUUAGCUUGUUUUCUUUGUUUAUGAGCAUUAGUGAGGUAACCGGCUGUGGAACCUUGAGGACAUUUGAGAAAUGUAUUUUCACACUUUGACAACACAAUGUAGCUGAGUGUGUUUUAUGGCCCAGGUCCAGUUCUGCUCAGUGCUGUCCAUGAGCUAUAGAACAGAGUUGGACCACUUUCACAGGACAGCUUCAGAAAGUGACCAGCCUUAGAUUGAGAAAAAUGAUGUUGGCUCAUUUAGAUUUUAUUUUAUUUUUUUUCCUUUGUCACUCUGAAUAAGAUUUCAGUGGAAUGUAAUUCAAUUUAUUUAUCAUAUAUUUUUUCAUUAACUUAAUUUUAAUUGUCAGCUUUUUACUUGCUGGUGUUUUAGACAAAUAUGGCACUGAUGGUAAAAAACUAAGAUAUAAUUUAACUGAAUAAAUAUUUUGUCUGUAGCAACCCUGAUGAAAUGAGACUUUUGAUCUAGAAGUGAAUAUUUUAAAGUGACAGUGUGUAUUUUUUCCUGGCGAUAGGGGGCAGUAGAUGCCUAAAUCAUUGCAAGCAAGCAUUAUUUUUGUGUUCAAGUAAUGCCCGGAACCCACUGUGCGAUUUUUGGCCGUCGCACAGGAUUGUUCAUGUCACACUGUGAGAACUCCAGUGAGGUGUCAUGCUGUGCGGCGCAAGAUUUUGGUGAGGCAGACUGCACGACGUCUCUCUCCGGCAGGGCACUCUGCGUCAUGAGCACACAUCCCAAAGCAUACGUCGCUAAGCAGAUCGCUAACCGCAACUAAGCUGAAAAAAUAAAAACACUCAGUUUUAGUGUCAGUUCAUGACCCAACUCCUGUUCCUCAAAGAGGAAGCUUCGUUUUUAAAAUCCUCGCUUUGGCAUCAGACUCCGGCUGCGGGUCUCCUUUUCCCGUCUUCCAGCUAAACAGCAGAGCUGUCAGCUGGUCAUUCGUCUUCGUCUUCGUCUUCCUCCGCUUAUCCGGGUCCGGGUCGCGGGGGCAGCAUCCCAACUAGGGAGCUCCAGGCCGUCCUCUCCCCGGCCUUGUCCACCAGCUCCUCCGGCAGGACCCCAAGGCGUUCCCGGACCAGAUUGGAGAUGUAACCUCUCCAACGUGUCCUGGGUCGACCCGGGGGCCUUCUGCCGGCAGGACAUGCCCGAAACACCUCCCCGGGGAGGCGUCCAGGAGGCAUCCUGACCAGAUGCCCAAACCACCUCAACUGGCUCCUUUCGAUCCGGAGGAGCAGCGGUUCUACUCCGAGUCCCUCCCGAAUGUCCGAGCUCCUCACCCUAUCUCUAAGGCUGAGCCCGGCCACCCUACGGAGGAAACUCAUUUCGGCCGCUUGUAUCCGCGAUCUCGUUCUUUCGGUCAUUAUCCAAAGCUCAUGACCAUAGGUGAGGAUUGGGACGUAGAUCGACCGGUAAAUCGAGAGCCUGGCUUUCUGGCUCAGCUCCCUCUUCACCUCGACAGAUCGGCUCAGCGUCCGCUUCACUGCAGACGCCGAACCAAUCCGCCUGUCGAUCUCCCGAUCCCUCCUACCCUCACUCGUGAACAAGACCCCGAGAUACUUAAACUCCUCCACUUGAGGUAGGACCUCUCCCCCGACCCGGAGGUGGCAAGUCAUUCGUCCUUCUCCUUUUUUAUACACAAGAACCCACUAAACUACAGAUAAGUAACAAUCUGUCACAGAUCGCUGCGAUAUAACUUUUGCCGUGAAUUCUGUCUCACUGCUCCGCUAUGACAGAUCACACCCGCUGUCUCGGAGCUUCCCCUGCAACAAAACGCCACAGAAUCAUCCUUAUCGGUUGAAUAUGUGAAAUUUCCACCAACAGCAAAGGGAUCUCAUGUUUUUGAGUUUUAAUUUUUUUACGUUUGUGAGCUCAUCUCCUCGCAGCUCUCACAGAUCACAGAAUCGUGGUUUUCACAAUUGAGCUGAUGGUCAAAAUAAGGUAGUUAAAUUGAAACCGAAGCACAGAGAGGUGGAGUCUUGCUGCUGCGGCACCCCAAAUGUGUGUUUUCAUUGGUCAAUUGCAGACAGGAGUCGUGGGUUUUCAAGCCGUGCUUGGAGACUUUUUGAGACUGAUUUGGUCGUGAGACGGCUCAGAAAGCUGUCGCAGAGCCGGUCACACUGUCCGUUCACAGCAUGGUGGUCAUGUAUGCAAAUCACCCUGACGCUGACCGUUUUUUGUCACGAUUCAGCUCAGGACGAGCGAUUUGACAAAGACGGCCAAAAAACGCACAGUGUGAUCCGGGCAUAAGACCUUACCAACAGAUGGCCAUUAGGGUCAAAAAUCCCUGGGAGUGCAACCUCCAGCAAAACUACAAGAACAUCAGAUUCCCUUUCAUCACUUGCAAUGUGUGAAUGUAUAAAAGAACAACGUUUAUUAAUGCUGAAAGUUUUGUAACCAUUUGUGACAAAUCAGAAAAUUAUUUCUGUCCUCAUGGGCUUCAAGAAACAUGGCAUCCAAUAUGGAGUCGCCCAGAGACAUAGGGUGUUUCUCAAUGCCAAGGAACCUUGCCUUGAUGUCUUGGCCUCGCCCCGGUUGCCUAGGAGAUACUUCAUCUGGAGCCGCCAAGACGUGUUCCAGUGUUCAUGUUCUACCGAAUCGUGUGCUUUCCGUUUGUUAGCUGUUUAGCUAGCUGAGCAAGGAUACACAGGAGGUGUCUUGUAGCCUAGCCUUGGUCAAAAAUUACCCAGAAUACACCACAGUACUUUCAAAAGGAUGGCGGAUCAGAAGCCGACAGCUUCUUUGGGAGCAAAUUUCAAGUUUAAAAGUACAGUAAGUCAACUAAUUUAAAAUGUUUCUUCUUAUAUCCAAAGAAGUAAUCUGUGGUUGGUUAGUUGGUUAUUAGUUGCAGCCUCGGUGACUAGCAGGUAGUAACUCGCUUAUAUAUUUAAUUUAACAAAUAUUUACACUGUUUAAAAAGUAAAAGUCUCGUUAUAUAUUCAUUUUGAAACAUAUACGUAUAAAAUAUAAUGUUGUCUCCCGUGUCACGUGACCGCCGUGGAAGGCACGGUCCCGUGAUGCAAGUCUGUUCCGUUUAACCGUUUUGUUUGACCAAGGAAGGACAGUGUCCUCGUAAGCAAGGCGCCUGGGCUCACAAGACAUCGCCUCACACGGCCAGGUGCCUUGACAUUGAGAGACACCCUUAGACCCGCUCUCAUGUAUUUUAGACCAGAUUUUUAUGGUUAUAUGUUACAAAGCCGCCAAUAUUUUUAAACAACUGGACAUCCUUUGUUUCAUUUACAACAACAUUUAAAUGGAUAUUUCCAGAGAUUAAUGGUAAAAACUACACAUUGUCACUUUAACGUUCAGCAGAUUGGUUUGAUAUUUAUGGACUGAUGUGAAUGCUUGCAUCAUCCCGUUUUGGACUGGCUCUUAUGGCAUCAGUCUGGGUUGUUAGCUGAACAGGUUUGGUUUACAACAACAGAAGAAACAGAUACAUUGUUACUUCCCUAAUCAAUUUAGAAUGCCUUCUUAUGAGCCACGUUGCCUGAAGUAUUAUUAUUUACCACCAAAAUCUGUAGCUAGAAUAAAAAUAAACUUGGUUGUUUCUGUGGAAAUCUAGGUCUCAGCUCACUGGAUCUGCCCUGGUAUGGCUGGCUGCUGGUGGGGCCUAUUGCCUUGUUGCAUCAAUCUUCUGGGACUCUGGCACAGUGGCUGUUGGGUGAAAAAAUGAGCCUGUUCCUACAGUGGUCCUUCAAGCUUUCCCAUACUAUAGGGGGAUUUCUGGGCUUGGAUCUCCUCCAUGUCUUCCAUGGUUCUUGGGCAGUGGGUCUGUUGCUCCUCACACUCACUAAUGGACACUCCUAUGGAGAAACCUGAUAUGGACAAGCACAUGUACACACAUAGGCACUCACAAGAUAUUCUCACAAGUAUGGAUUCAGAUGUUUUCAGACACAUUACCUUGGGCUGUGGUUGGCACUAAAUACACAAUUAUUACUGUGUGCUUUUCAGGGACUUAGCUAAUGUGAUAUUUGUAGCUGUGGUAUCUUGGUUUGGGUUUUGUCUGCCUUUCUGCUUGUUUGGAAUGAGAUUUCUUGUACCUCUUGUAUUCUUUCUAUUUUGCUAACCCUUUCCCCACCUUUUUUCCUUUCUUAUUUCCCAUUUCUCUGUCUUUUCCAUCUCCGUGCCUGUAUUCCUAAUAAAGUUUUUUAUCUAAAAAUA